AUGGUGCUUGGCGAUCAAGGCUAUCUCUCCAUUGCGGAGCUAAUCGUCUACGUUCCCGCGGUCGUUUUUGCAUUCAUCGUCUGCUCGCGACAUGGCUGGCAUCGGGCGUCGGGAUGGCUCUACACGCUCAUACUCUGCGUCGUGCGCAUCACGGGAGCCAUAUGUCAGCUCGUGACGUACAGCAGCAAAUCCGAGGGGCUGCUGCGCGCAACGCUUAUUAUCGACUCAAUUGGCUUGUCCCCGCUUCUCUUUGCGACCCUGGGAAUGUUGUCGAGACUGGUCGACUGCAUCAACUCCAAGGGCUCUAGCCCGUUCAACAUGAAGCAAUUCCGGCUAGUUCAGCUCCUCAUCAGCCUGGGGCUAAUUCUCAGCAUCGUCGGCGGCACAAGCGGCUCGUCUUCGGACAAUGGACAGAUCGAGCCCGCGGGCACGGCCAAGGCAGGCAUCGCUCUCUACUUUGUCGCCUUUGCUGGCCUGUCAGUCAUUUUGUUCCUGACAUACGGUUACCGGACCGCGGUGCCGAUCCAAGAACGUCGUGUGCCAAUGGCCGUGGUUAUUGCCUGGCCUUUCAUUUUCGUACGACUGCUGUACUCGGCCCUUGCUACCUUUGUUCACAAUCACCUUUUCUCCAUCGUUUCGGGCAGCGUCGCGGUACAUGCUGGCAUGGCCGUCGCCGAGGAGUUUGUGGUUGUGGUCAUUUACUUGGCCCUGGGGUUCAGCCUCAGGGAGCUGGAGGUGGAGGAGCAUGGGGAGCUCGCCAGCCGCCCCUGGAAGGCGCGCCAGAGUCGCAGACGACGCUGA